CCCCGAACCAGCGAAGAAGAGCCGUCCCUCCCUCCCGCUCCGUGUUGUGGGAGCUGGAGCAAGAUGGCGCCGUCCAAGGUGAAGCAGGACAUGCCUCCUCCGGGAGGCUAUGCUCCCUUUGAUUACAAGAGGAAUCUACCGAAACGAGGACUUUCGGGAUUUAGUAUGUUUGGCGUUGGCAUCGGCAUCAUGGUGAUUGGCUAUUGGAGGCUGUUUAGUUGGAACAGAGAGAGGAGGCGCUUGCAGAUUGAGGAGCUGGAGGCCAGAAUAGCACUGAUGCCUCUGAUUCAGGCAGAGCAUGACCGGAGGACGCUAAAGAUGCUGAGGGAAAACUUAGAGGAGGAGGCGAUCAUCAUGAAAGAUGUUCCAGGGUGGAAGGUCGGUGAGCGCGUCUUCCACACGGACCGCUGGGUCACUCCUGUGACCGAGGAGCUGUUCAACCUCCGGCCCCGUGAGGAGCUUUUGCACAGACGUUUUGGCUUCUUGUGGUACGUGUAAUUGCCACUGAGACUGGCCUUAACCCCACCUGCUGCAGCCAGAAACAUGUGGACAUGAGAUCUCUCUACCUUCAGCUUGUAAUAUUAUAUAUGUUCAAUAUUAAAAUAAUUUUUUCCCCCCUGUACUUCA